AUGCGCUGGCACAAGCUCUUGCCGGGCGUGCUCGCUCUGCUCCCCCUCUCAGUUGCUCAAAGCUGUUGGCGCAACACCACUUGUUCUGGUCCGACCGAGAGCGCUUUCUCCGGGCCAUGGGAGAAAAACAUUUUCGCGCCGUCCUCGAGAACCGUUAACCCUGAGAAGCUUUUUCUCAUUACGCAACCGGAUAAGACGGAAGACUAUUCCCCAUUUGCGCUUCAUGGAAACGGUUCAUUGGUGGUAUAUGACUUCGGAAAAGAAGUUGGCGGCAUUGUCUCCGUAAAUUUCAGCUCCACAGGCAGUGGUGCACUAGGAGUGGCAUUUACCGAAGCGAAGAACUGGAUUGGCGAGUGGUCGGACUCGUCGAAUGGAGGCUUCAAAGGCCCUGAUGGUGCGCUCUACGGCAAUUUCACCGAGGGCGGAAGUCACUACUAUGUGAUGCCGGAUAAGAGCUUGCGUGGUGGAUUUCGUUAUCUGACCCUGUUUUUGAUCACCAGCGACAACUCCACCAUCCAAAUCGAGGAUGUGAGCUUGGAGAUCGGCUUUCAGCCUACCUGGUCCAAUUUGAAGGCCUACCAGGGGUACUUCCAUUCCAAUGACGAUUUGCUCAACAAGAUCUGGUACACUGGUGCCUACACUCUGCAGACGAACGAGGUGCCGACCGACACGGGGCGGCAGAUCCCAGCGAUGGCCGUAGGCUGGGCGAAUAAUUGCACCCUUGGACCUGGCGAUACGAUCAUUGUCGACGGAGCGAAGCGUGACCGUGCAGUGUGGCCGGGUGACAUGGGGAUUGCUGUCCCUUCCGCGUUUGUGAGUUUGGGCGACUUGGACAGUGUCAAGAAUGCACUGCAGGUUAUGUAUGACACGCAGAACAACUCGACAGGUGCAUUCGACGAGUCUGGCCCACCGCUGAGCCAGAAAGACUCGGAUACAUACCACAUGUGGACAAUGGUGGGGACCUACAACUACAUGCUUUUUACCAACGACAGCGACUUCCUCGAGCGAAACUGGGAGGGAUAUCAGAAGGCCAUGGACUACAUCUACGGUAAGGUGACUUAUCCCAGCGGCUUGCUGAAUGUCACGGGUACUCGCGACUGGGCCAGAUGGCAGCAAGGAUACAACAACUCCGAGGCGCAGAUGAUUUUGUAUCACACCCUCAACACAGGCGCGGAGCUCGCCACCUGGGCUGGAGAUUCAGGCGACCUGUCCAGCACCUGGACCAGCCGGGCGGAGAAGCUGCGUCAAGCCAUUAACGAAUACUGCUGGGAUGAAUCGUACGGCGCAUUCAAAGACAACGCCACCGACACCACCCUGCACCCUCAAGACGCGAACAGCAUGGCCCUGCUCUUUGGGGUCGUGGAUGCGGACCGGGCCGCCAGCAUUUCUGAAAGACUAACGGAUAACUGGACCCCGAUUGGAGCCGUGGCACCCGAACUGCCAGAGAACAUCUCUCCGUUCAUCUCAUCGUUCGAGAUCCAGGGCCAUCUGACCGUGGGGCAGCCGCAACGAGCACUGGAGCUAAUCCGCCGCAGCUGGGGAUGGUACUACAACAAUGCGAACGGCACACAGAGCACGGUCAUCGAAGGCUAUCUACAGAACGGCACGUUCGGCUACCGCUCUGACCGCGGGUACUACUAUGACACGGCAUAUGUGUCACACUCGCACGGUUGGUCUUCAGGACCGACGUCGGCGCUGACGAACUACAUCGUGGGGAUCAGUGUCACAUCUCCACUGGGGGCGACCUGGCGCAUUGCCCCGCAGUUUGUCGAUCUGCAGUCCGCCGAAGGUGGAUUCACGACGUCGCUUGGAAAGUUCCAGGCUGGAUGGUCAAAGACAGACAAGGGAUACACACUCGACUUUACGGUUCCGCACGGGACACAGGGGAACCUCACGCUGCCGUUCGUCAGUGCCGCGAAGCCAUCUAUCAAGAUCGACGGGACGGAGAUCAGCCGGGGAGUGCAGUAUGCCAACUCGACGGCGACCGUGACGGUCAGCGGAGGUGGAACGUACAAGGUGGAGACUUUACAUCCAUCUUCAACCCAACUAUUCAAUCCAACCCAACCCAACACAACACACAAAAUGCCACCGAUACCCCCUUCCCUCCGCGCCGCCCGCACUCAAUGGCGCACCUGCGCCCAACAUCUCCACGCAUCCACCAACCCCCCCAAAACCCGCCUCUACAGCACAACCCGCACCCUCCGCUCCAGCACCACCACCGCUGCCAGCGGCAGCAGCAACCCCCUCCGCAGCGCCCGGCCCAUCCGCAGCCGCGAGCAGGACCUCGCGCGGAGCAAACGCUCGAUGUACAUCUCCGCGACGGGGAUGAUCGUAUGCGCAAUCGGGAUGUACGGAGUGAUCAAAGCCGACGUGUUCGGGCUGGAACAAGCAACCCCCACCAGUACCACCGAGGGCAUUGACAUCGAAAACGCCAGCAGCAGCAACAGCAGUGCGACCAAACUCGACGGCCCAAGCACGGGCUUCCCGACAAAACCCACCCUAACGCACAUCAAAGCCGCCGAUGGCACAACCGACCAAGUGGAGACAGGAACGAGCACGAUCCCGCAUUUCCCGGCCGUGAUUCAUCUGCCGAAGUGGUUGGAGAGUGAGAAUCCUCCUGCGUCUGCGACGGAUUUGCCGACGCAGAGUGGUACUGGUACUGGGGAAGGAGAAGGGGAGGAAUACCAUCUUCUAGGGUUGGGGAUUCGCACUGUCUCGUUCCUUAACUUCCAGGUGUAUGUGGUGGGGUUGUAUGUUGCGAAGGAGGAUCUGGCGGAGCUGCAAUCGCGACUUGUGCGCACGGCGGUGCAUCCGCCUGGAAAGGGGACGGAGUCGGUGAUUGAUAAUGAGGUGGGAGCUACGGCGGCGACGUCGUUGGUGUCGAUGGAGAGGGAUAAGUUGAGGGAGUUGUUGUUGGAUGCGGAGAAGGGGGAGCAGGCGUGGGAUAUGUUGCUGAGGAAGGAUGGGUUGAGGACGGCGUUCCGGGUCGUGCCGACGAGGAAUACGGAUUUCUUGCAUUUGAGGGAUGGGUGGGUGAGGGGGAUUACGGGUAGGGCGCAGAAGUAUAAUAAGGAGAGCGGGGGAGAGUUUGAAGGGGAGGAGUUUGGACAGGCAAUGGGGGAGUUUAAGGGCCUGUUUGGAGGUGGGCAGAGGAAGAGUGUGCCCAAGGGACAGGUGUUGGUGUUGGCGAGAGGGGCGAAGGGGCAGUUGGAUGUGUUGGUACAAGGUGGUGGUAGUGGGAAGGAUGCAGUGCCGGAUCGGUAUCUGGGACGGGUGAAGGAUGAGAGGAUCAGUCGGUUGGUGUGGAUGAAUUAUUUGGCGGGGAAGAAUGUCUCCAGUGAGGGGGCCAGACAGAGUGUCGUGGAUGGGAUUAUGGGGGUGGUGGAGAGGCCAGUUGGAACUGUAUAA